AUGGUCUUGUCUGGAGAAGGCAGAAGGUUGUUGCAAGUUGGAUGGCAACGUCCUGAAACCAUCAGGUUGUUCAAAUGUCACCGAGCAAUUGCAAUUGUAAGUUUUUUUUAGUUUUCGUAGUUUCUUUGGUGUUUACAUACGUAGUUUGGUAUAUUUUUCGGUUUUAUCACACUUUAUAUUGAAGGAAGAAGUUAGAUGUUGAGUUUGUUGAUCGAAUCAGAGGACUAAUGGUACCAUUCAGUAGGAAUACGGAGUAGCACGAAAAAGGAACUACAAGGACCCGCUGUGAUUGACUUCGAAGAAGAAGAUGAAGUAAAAGAUGUUGAGAUAUGACUAAUAUUGGAGGUGAAGACGCUUGAAGUGUUGAGGGAAGGGCUUGAUCGUGAUUUGGAGAAGUGAGUGUUGAAUUUUAGUUUUUGAAAAUUUUCUUAUUUGUAAUUUUUUUAUUUUGAAUUUUUUGAAAUUAUGAAAUUUUUUUCAUUUUUAGGCAGAAGAUGUUCGCAUCGAACUUUCCGCAAGUUUUAGAAGCUCCUGAACCUGAAAAGAGGGCUAGUAGCACUAUUAAGAGGAGCGCAGGAAAGGAUCGACAUUCACCAUGGAAGAAGAGAUUUAUUUACUUCUGGUUUUAUUGA